AUGUCAUUCCCCAACGGCACCCCCCCGGCUCCCGACAUGUCGGCUGUCCCGCCCCCGCCCGGCUCUGCCGGAGACCAGGCAAAGACUACCCUCUGGAUGGGAGAGCUCGAACCCUGGAUGGACGAGAACUUCAUCAAGGGUGUUUUCCUCUCCUCUGCUGGCGAGACCGUCAAUGUUAAGGUCAUUCGUGACAAGAACUCCGGCAACGCUGGGUACUGCUUCGUCGAGUUCAACUCUCCCGACGCCGCCAACAAGGCCCUCGGCUUGAACGGCACUCCCGUCCCCAACAGCUCCCGCCAGUUCAAGCUGAACUGGGCUUCUGGUGGUGGCCUCGUUGACCGACGCGACGAUCGCGGCCCCGAGUACAGCAUCUUCGUGGGCGACCUUGGUCCCGAGGUGAACGAGUAUGUCUUGGUCACCCUCUUCCAGGCUCGCUUCCCGUCGUGCAAGUCGGCCAAGAUCAUGACGGACGCCAUGUCCGGCCAAAGCCGAGGCUACGGCUUCGUCCGCUUCUCCGACGAGAACGAUCAGCAGCGCGCCCUGGUCGAAAUGCAGGGCGUUUACUGCGGCAACCGACCGAUGAGGAUCUCGACAGCCACGCCCAAGAAUCGCGGCAACCAAGGAUUCGGCGGACAUGGCGGCCCUCCCAACGGUGGCGGUCCCAUGAUGGGCGGCGGCAUGCCUCAGCAGCAGAUGUGGGGUGGUGGCAUGCAAGCUGGCUUCCCCUACGGCGGUUACAAUCCUGCGACGCAGAUGAACCAGUUCACCGACCCCAACAACACGACCGUCUUCGUCGGCGGCCUGUCCGGCUACGUCACCGAGGACGAGCUCCGAUCCUUCUUCCAGGGCUUCGGCGAGAUCACCUACGUCAAGAUUCCUCCCGGCAAGGGCUGCGGUUUCGUCCAGUUCGUCCACCGCCAUGCCGCCGAGAUGGCCAUCAACCAGAUGCAAGGAUAUCCCAUUGGCAACUCGCGUGUCCGUCUGAGCUGGGGCCGCUCUCAGAACAACUCGGGUGUCGGCACCCCCUACCGCCCGGCGCCCCCUCCGCCUCACUACAUGAGCAUGCCCGGUCCCGGCGGUCCCGGUCCGUACGGUCCCCAGCACUUUGGCGGUCCCGCUCCUGGACUUCAGGGACCUCCUGGUCCUGGCCCGAACGGCCCUCCCCAGUGA